UGGCGCGCGGUAGCGCAUCCAGUCUGUUCAGCGUCAGUGACAACGAAGAGUCAUCCGCCGUCUUAUCACUUAUGCGACCAUCAUCAUUCACUCGCACAACGACUCCGACGGCUCGACAGAUUGAUGCGCACGACACGAGCGAGGAGAGUUUGAGAACAGGCCUCAAUAUGCGGACUACUCCUCGACCGUCAGCAACAUCUCGGCUUUUGUUUGGACCGCAGACAACAGGAAUGCCUAGUCCUGCAUUACAGCGAGAGGAGGCAGUUGCAGGUGUGAUGAGACGUCGAAGCAGCAUGAACCGAUCAUUAAGGGCUUUGGAGGAAGCGAUUCUUACCCCACAAACUCAUACACUACGGACACCAUCAUUUCUAGGAGGAAGCACUGCUCGUACUUCUGCGGCUGCACAAUCGACUCCAUAUGACACAUCUUCAUCCAUUCCAAGACACCAGCUGUCCUUCAGUCAGUUGGGAUCGUUUGGUGGGGAUGUGUCAUUGGAUGGCGCAGCAGAGGACGAUGAUGCUACAAAAUUUGAGACUGAAUUACCAUCAGCUGUUGAAGAAACGAGGCAACAGUUCAACACAAUCGCGUUUGCACCCGAAGAGCAUCCAGCCUCUACAGCUAUCCGUUUGCUGUUUGACGAAUUUCAUCUCUGCCUGAAGUCUUAUCCUUUAACUGCAGAAGUUCUAGAUCUAGUUCACUCAUAUGAAGAAGCGUGUCAGAAGGCAUGGCAGUCUCUCGACAAGUCUAGUCUUAAAUCACGCAAACAAUCAUUCGUUCAUGCUCCAAAACAAUCGACGACGUAUAACACGGGUGUGUUGUUGAGAGAGGAGAGGAAUUCAUGGAGACUGAUCUAUAGUCUUUACAAAGACUUAUUGUCGGUUUCGGGAGAAGACGAGAUGAUGGAUUUCGAUACUCCAUCGUGUUUUGCAUACAGUGAGAAGAAUAUAGUGGAGAGUUUGUAUAGAAGAGAUCGUGCUGUUCGUCUGCAACAGGUUGUGGUUGACUGGUUGGAGAAAUGUGCCGAAGAGGACAUGAGUAGCAUCUUUAUGGCCGAGUUUGCAGCCGAUAGCGUUUGCUACGAACGAACUCUACAUGAACUGAAUAGAAUAGACAAGCCACAUGGUCAGCAAGGAUGCAGCACUCGCUUAUUAGUCACAGAAAUAGACCCGGAUGCACCACACAGACAAGGCAGACAUUUGGUUGAUGGAGACGAGGAAGACGAAGCUGACUUGAUACGAAACAUAUACUUCUUUAUUAGAGCCGGACGUCUUGAUGAAGCUCAGAAAUUAUGUAAUCGAGCCGGUCAGCCAUGGCGUGCAGCCGCUUUGGAAGGAUGGAGACUGUGGCAUGACCCAAACUAUUACAAGGAUUCAGCUGAUCAACCACAGCCUGAUGAAAGGAACAAUGGCGAUGAAAUACUACCGGUAGAAGGAAAUCCGUAUCGUGACUUGUGGAAGUGCUGCUCUUGGGCUCUAGCAGAACAGACUCAGUAUAGUCAGUAUGAGAGAGCUGUGUAUGCAUGUCUGAGUGGCAAUCUGGAACAGAUUCUACCCGUUUGCAGCUCUUGGUCAGACUAUUUGUGGGCGUAUUAUAAGACAAUGAUAGACGUCACAGUUGAACAGGAGAUAUUCUCAUAUCCUCGACCUGAUAGAAUACGAGAGAAUCUACCAGAUGGAUACUGGAUGCAAAGAAGCUUGACUCCUGAGGACGUAUUCGAACGCAUCGAAAGAUACAACACAAUGAGCGGGCAGCUGAAUGUCAUCUGCAAGUACCGAUCGGUCCAGAAGAACAUUAUUCUGAAUGACAUGGACUCACUGUCGGCUGACAUUCGUAUUUGGUUGGCUGACACUCCACCACCACCACAUCACUUCCUUAGAUUUUUGGCCCAUCUUGUGCUUUUCCUCCGUAGUGUUGGUAUUGUUGGUGGUGAUGACAGUGUGUGUAAUAGUGUACUUGUGCAGUAUGUAGAGGGUCUGAUUAGGGAGAAGCAGUCAACGCUGGUUGCAACCUACACAGCGUCACUCAUGCCGGACGAAAGAGUCUCUGUUUAUGCCAAGUUUCUUGAAGGAAUAACUGAUACUGAACUGAAAAAGGAAUGUCUGAAACUCGCUGAGAAAGCAGGAUUGAAUGUGCAAGAUAUCACGAGAGUUGUGAUGGAGAACAUCAGGAACAUUGAGCAGGAAGAUUUCACACUCACAGCAACAUACGUUGCACCUCUAGAGACUGACAUAUCAGAGGUGGACAAGAAGAAAGUAGCCGCCAUUGAUUGGUUGAUGUUUGAACCAUCUCAACGUUACGAUGCCCUCAUGCAGUCUAACGCAAUUAUUCGUGGGUUUCUGGCAACAGGAAAACUGAGUGCAGCACGAGAUGUCUUCACAAAGAUUCCGAAAGAUUCGAUUGAGGUUGUUCAUCAGCAGUGGCGACGACGGGCUGGGAAGAAUUCGAUGCCUGUAGCGAUGACGAGUGCUGUGAGGGAGCAUCUGUGUGUGAAGAUGUACUUGGAUGCAAACGAUGCCUUUCAUGAUUGGUUUCAACGGUUCCAUGCAGGCAUUCCCACUGCACCAGCGGCGACUUCGACGGUCACGACGAUGCAGGAGAGAAUGCGACUUGAGCACGAAUUAAAGAAAUACAACCGAGACGUGGAACGAUGGAGUCGAGACCUGCAAGAGCAAACUGGAAUUACAGUUCAGAAGAUAUACGAUGUUUUACUGUUUGAUGGUGGUGGCUGGAUGAGAGAGGAUGAGGGUGACGGGGAUGAGAAUCGACGACAACAGUUGUGUGUUCUUCGGCAGCUGUGUCUACCGGGAAUGGUGUUUUUGUUACAUCAAGUGCUGCACUCGACUCGACGUUAUGCUGAGUGUGUUCAACUAGCCGAUAUUGUUGCAUCAGAGUCGUAUCAAUUAUACAAAGUUUUCCGACAAGACGAGCUGCAGAAGUUUUUGCAGUUGGUGCAUAACUCAUCCGUAGAGAUGUUGGAUGGCAACGUCGAUCCUCUCGGUUACAGCUUGGUUUGACUAGCAGCUGUUGCAUGACAUAGUAGGGUAUAUUUCUGCUAACUAGAUUCAUUCUAAUUUGUAAUGAUUUUAAUUAAUCGAUUGCUUCAACUUGUAUGACAAGCUCCUUAGUGUUGUAUGCGUUUCCUUCAGUGACGUCACAUACGGGGUACUGAAUAGUAGACCACAAGUUACUGUGUGAUUUCAUCUACUAUCCGUCUCACUUAUUUCUGUUUUUCUCUUUUCGCUUUCCGAGCAUAAAUAUCAGUUUUUCUGGUUCUCUCUUCUCUUUUUUUUUUUUUCUUUUAUGGUCUUCAAUGAGUUGCUGAACUGUGACAAUUAUUAAUGUUUUUGGCUUUUACCAAGUUGUCAUCAAAGUAGUUUCAUUUUUAUG